CGCGGCGGAGACACCGACAAAAUGGCGGCGCCGAACUGAGAGGCCCGUGGCGGCGGCGGCGGGCGCUGUCGAAGGGACCGAGAGGCCGCUGCCGGCAUUGCGGAGGGCCGUGGCGGUCGUCGCCGUGCGGGCGGGGCGGGUUCUGUGCGCCCACGCCCGGGACACUGCCGCCGCCGCCUUCUCGCCUCAGGAUAGCAGUUUUGGGUUGUGACAUACUCCAGCACUACAGGAAGCACUAUUUCACAGUGAAGAACCAUUGCUUUCACAUGUUCUGAAAACACCAGCCAGUCUUCCUUGAAUUUUGGUGUGUGCAAGUCUUUGGUGGAGGUUGCAUAUAUACAUGUUUUCAUGAAGAGAAGCGAGAAGCCAGAAGGUUAUAGACAAAUGAGGCCUAAGACUUUUCCUGCCAGUAGCUAUACUGGCAGCAGCCAGCAGAUGCUACAGGAAAUACGAGAGAGCCUCAGAAAUUUACCUAAACCCUCGGAUGCUGCUAAAGCUGAUCACAGCAUGGGCAAAAUGUUAUCUGAAGAUCCUAGACAAGGCCGAAAUCCCCCCAAGUUUGUGACCUAUCAUAAAGUUUUGCAGGAGAUAAGGAAUUCACUUCUGCCUUUUGCAAAUGAAACGACCUCAGCUGUCAAAGGAACAUCAGAAGUUAAUCGACAAAUGCUGCAAGACUUACAAGCUGCUGGCUUUGAUGAGGAUAUGGUUAUACAAGCUCUUAAACAAACUAAUAACCGUAGUAUAGAAGCUGCUAUCGAAUUUAUAAGUAAAAUGAGCUACCAAGAUCCUCGUCGGGAACAGAUGGUUGCAGCAGCAGCAAGACCUGUAAAUGCAGGUAUGAAACCACCAGCAGGGACUGUACAGCAAUCAGUUAACCGCAAGCAGAGCUGGAAGGGUUCUAAGGAGUCCUUGGUUCCUCAGCGGCACGGCCCUUCCCUGGGAGACGGUGUAGUUUAUCGCUCAGAAAGUCCCAGCUCUCAGCCUGAUGUAGGAAGGCCCUUAUCUGGAUCUGGCAUUGCAGCAUUUGCUCAGGCUCAUCCUGGCAACGGACAAAGAGUGAAUCCUCCACCUCUACCACAGAUAAGGAGUGUCACUCCUCCUCCUCCACCUCCUCGAGGACAGACACCUCCUCCAAGGGGAACUACUCCUCCACCCCCUUCCUGGGAACCAAACUCUCAAACAAAGCGUUACUCCGGAAACAUGGAAUAUGUCAUCUCCCGUAUUUCUCCAGUGCCACCAGGAGCAUGGCAGGAUGGUUAUCCACCUCCACCUAUGAAUCCUCCCCCCAUAAAUUCUUCUGCUCAAGGUCAGAGAGGCAUGAGUGCUGUCCCCAUUGGCAGGCAACCAAUAAUCAUGCAGAGUUCUGCCAAUAGCAAAUUUAGUUUUCCAUCAGGAAGAGCGGGAAUGCAAAAUGGCAGUUGUCAGACAGAGUUCAUAGUUCACCAGAAUGUGGUGUCUGGGAGCUCAGUGAGUCGCCAGCCACCUCCCUAUCCUAUGAAUCCAACUAACAGGCAGAGUCCUACAGCAUUACAGAUGCAGGCAGGCGGAUCUGCUCCUCCUUCAGUGUAUGCCAAUGGGAAUCUUCCUCAGGCAAUGAUGGUGCCAAAUAGAAAUAGUCACAACAUGGAACUUUAUAACACAAAUGUAGCUGGAAUACCUGCAUCCUGGUCACAGCCUUCCCCCGUGCAGCCACAGUCAUCACCUGGCAGUGGUCAUGACUUGCCUGCAUGGCAACCCAAUGUUCCAGUACGGUCAAAUUCUUUCAACAACCAUCAUGGAAGUAGGCAGAGUCACUCUAGCAGCUCUCAGCCUUCAGCUACAACAGUAACAGCUAUAACACCAGCUCCCAUUCAGCAACCAGUAAAAAGUAUGCGUGUGUUAAAACCAGAGCUACAGACUGCCUUAGCACCCACCCACCCGUCCUGGAUGCCACAACCAGUGCAAACCAUUCAGACCAUUCCCUUCUCUGAGAGUACAUCUGCAAAUAUGGCAGUUAUGUCUUCAGUUGCAGAGGCUCCAAAUUACCAGGGUCCCCCACCACCCUACCCGAAACACUUGUUACACCAAAAUCCUUCUGUCAAUCUGUAUGAGACAGGACCUAAGCUCAACAAGGAAGAACCACCUAUUUUAUCCAAGGAGGAUGAGAAUGAGAAGAACUAUGAAUGUCUUGAUUCAGCAGAUAAAGAAAAGAAACAAAUCACAACAUCACCUGUUCCUGUUAGAAAAAACAAGAAGGAUGAAGAAAGAAGAGAGUCUCGCAUUCAAAGCUAUUCCCCUCAAGCCUUUAAAUUCUUCAUGGAGCAGCACGUGGAGAAUAUACUCAAGUCCCAUCAGCAGCGUUUGCAUCGGAAAAAACAACUAGAGAAUGAAAUGAUGCGGGUUGGAUUGUCACCAGAAGCCCGAGACCAAAUGAGGAAAAUGUUGUGCCAGAAAGAGUCUAAUUAUAUUCGUCUAAGAAGAGCUAAAAUGGACAAGUCGAUGUUUGUAAAAAUUAAAACCCUGGGAGUCGGUGCAUUUGGAGAAGUUUGCCUGGCAAGAAAAGUGGAUACUAAUGCUCUGUAUGCCACAAAAACUCUGAGGAAAAAAGAUGUCUUGCUUAGAAAUCAAGUUGCUCAUGUUAAAGCUGAGCGGGAUAUCCUUGCAGAAGCUGAUAAUGAAUGGGUGGUUCGCCUGUACUAUUCAUUCCAAGAUAAGGACAAUUUGUACUUUGUAAUGGACUACAUUCCAGGAGGUGAUAUGAUGAGUCUCCUAAUCAGAAUGGGUGUUUUUCCAGAAAAUCUGGCACGGUUCUACACAGCAGAACUGACAUGCGCCGUUGAAAGUGUUCAUAAAAUGGGCUUCAUCCACAGAGAUAUUAAACCUGACAAUAUCUUGAUAGACCGGGAUGGACAUAUUAAGUUGACUGACUUUGGGCUCUGUACAGGUUUUCGAUGGACCCACGAUUCAAAGUACUACCAGAGUGGUGAUCAUGUACGUCAAGACAGUAUGGAUUUCAGCAAUGAAUGGGGUGAUCCAGCAAACUGCAGAUGUGGAGAUCGGCUGAAGCCACUCGAGCGUAGGGCUGCACGUCAGCAUCAGCGUUGUCUGGCUCAUUCCCUUGUUGGCACACCCAAUUAUAUUGCACCAGAGGUAUUGUUACGAACAGGUUACACACAGUUGUGUGACUGGUGGAGUGUUGGAGUAAUUCUCUUUGAAAUGUUAGUGGGACAGCCUCCCUUCCUGGCACAAACACCGCUGGAAACACAAAUGAAGGUCAUCAACUGGCAAACUGCGCUUCAUAUUCCACCACAAGCAAAAUUGACUCCUGAAGCCUCUGACCUUAUUAUUAAACUCUGCCGAGGACCAGAAGAUCGUUUAGGCAAAAAUGGUGCAGAUGAAAUAAAAGCUCAUCCGUUUUUUAAAACAAUUGAUUUUUCAAGUGACCUACGGCGACAGGCUGCUUUCUACAUCCCCAAAAUUGCUCAUCCUACGGACACAUCAAACUUUGACCCGGUCGAUCCAGAUAAAUUGUGGAGUGAUGAUGAUAAGGAAGGGAACAGAAAUGAUACACUUAAUGGGUGGUACAAAAAUGGAAAACAUCCUGAACAUGCUUUUUAUGAGUUUACUUUCCGAAGGUUUUUUGAUGACAAUGGCUACCCAUACAACAAUCCAAAGCCUAUUGAGUAUGAGUAUGGUAGUAACCAAAACUCAGAACUGCAGUCAGAUGAUGAUGAUGAUGAACAGGCAGGUAGAGGAGUUCAAAAUCGUGACCUGGUUUAUGUUUAGUAGAGGAAUAAAUAUUGAAGCUGAAAUAGACAUAUUUUGCAGCUGCAAUUUUUGAGAAGUCUCUAAGAGAAUUGAGAGCAGAUUGUUAGAAUAAAUAUGUGUAUGCAGUUGGGUUUUUUCCUUUUUUUUUAAACACUGAGAAACUGCAUCUUCUAUUUCUCUCUCUGUACAUUUUGUUUUCCCCAGAAUACAGGGAAAUCCUCUCAAAUAUUAAUUUAUUCCAGCAUUGAUAAUUUUUUAAUUUUGAAGAGAGCGAUGUUAGAUUAAACAACAAAACAAAAGCAAAAAAAUCACUUGAAUUUUUCUCUCAGUUCUCUGUACUCAAAGUACUCAGAAUAGGAAAUAGUGGUCUUUUUCUUUUUUUCUAUGAUGAUGCCUGGUUUCU